GUAAUGAAAUUUGGGAAACAAUUGGAGCGGCACAAGAUCCGUGGAUGGGAUGCUUUCUAUGUUGACUACAAUGGACUCAAGAGGUCCUUGAAAGGAUAUCCAAAGAGCGGCAAGAACCUGUCAGCUUCUGUCAGUACAGCUGGGGGUAGAUUGGAGAGAGAUGUUUCAUCCAGUGAUGGUGCCUCACCACGUGAUGCGGUCAAAGUGAGUCAAGAGUGGGUGGCGGAACUUCAGGCUUCCAUAGACAGAACCAACGAGUUUUUCACGUCGGUUGCAGACGAAGUGGAGUCACGGCUCGUUGCAGGGCAAGAUGAGCUGGAACAGAACAAAGGCUCUGACUUUGAGCUUCAGCUUCGCCGACAUUUGCAGAGUAUGAUCGGGCAAUUGCAAGCCACCCUGCAAGACUUGACCCAUUUCUCAGCUGCCAACCACACUGCGCUCUACAAAAUCCUGAAAAAACAUGACAAGCAAACUGGCCUUGCUUUGUCAAAACAGUUGCUGCCGCAGAUUUUGGGAGAAACUUUUAACGAACCUGGAAAAGUUCGGCUGGAAGAGCUUCAAAGAAGACUUGAGAGAUUUGGAGGCGAAUUGGGGGUCGAGAAUUCUCCAUGGGCCCUUGAUCGGGGUGAGAAUACCUUGGCACAAGUGGCACGGAUCUCAUUUUUCUUAGGUGUUAUCUCCAUGGCUCUGGUGGUGCUUGCCGUUCUGUCUGGCAUGGAGCCACAGAUUGACCAGUUUUCGGUUGAGGACCUUGCUGCAACGAUUCCGGUACUGCGUCUUUCGUUCAUGAUGAAUUUGACAGCUUGGCUGGCUGGAGCCUGUGCAUGGGUUUUUGAGCACUACAAGAUCAAUUACUUGUUUUUGCUGGACAUCUCUCCUGAUUUGGAGGUCAGCUUCGCUGAGAAUGUCUUGGCAGAUGUUCUGACGCGAAUGCGGGAUACGCCUGAGAAGUUCCGGCACGGUCUGAACUGCGGCAAAUAUGUGUUUGCUGUCCUUGUCAGCUUGCUCACAUCGGUGGGAAAACCUCCCAGAGGGCUUACCUCGUUUCAGCUUAACGUGAUUCAAACUCUUGGAUAUUUUUUGGCCACUGUUUAUGCUGCCACCUGGGACCUGGUCGUGGACUUCGGCUUGCUUGGCUUCAAGAGUCGCCGUUGCCUUUUCCCACGGUUUUCCUACAUCGCUGUGGCAAUCCUGGACGUAUACUUGCGCAGCACAUGGCUCUUGACGUAUCAACCAGAUUGCCGCGCUUAUGUUGGUGCAUCAACCUUUAACAAGGAGUGCUUUGCCUUCCUCAUCAGUUCCUUGGAAUUGAUCAGAAGAGGUUUGUGGGCAACAAUACGGAUAGAGCACGAGCAUCAGAGCAACGCUGGCAGAUUUCGUUCGGUUUGCUGGGUGCCUCCUCUUGAUCAUCGCAGACCUUCGUUUAAUGGCAAGACUUCCAAGCGCAAACCUUUGAUAGUGGCGCUUGUAAAUUCGGAUGAUGGGCCAAUGCUGCCCUUGGGAAAGCCUCCGCUCACCACAGAUGCCUGUAGGCCUCAAUCUCCUACCUUAGCGGAGCAAAUGCAGUGCGGCUUGAGUCACCCGCUGUCUGGGCUAAGGAGCGCUUCCUUCAAUUUCGAUGGAAGGAGCCACCUGCUUCGGCGCCGAAGCUUUGACGUUUGAUCCCUUCUGGCUGCAAAGGCGCUUCGACGCCACGGCCCGGGACAUCAGAGACACCGUUAGCGCUUGGCACCAGCGAGUCCAGAGCUUGCCUCUCUCGGGCUGGGGCCAAAGCCAGGCAAAGCCAGCAGCAAAGAUCAGCAAAGCCGUUGCUGAGUUGCUGUAACUUGCUGUCUCUCUCUUAGCUUCAGAUAGCUUCAGUCUUUCUCCGUGUCAUUUGAUUCACACUAAAAAUCAUAGAUUGCAGAUGAUUGAAUCCGAUCCACGUAAUUAUGGUAGGUCGGAUCUCUUUUUGAAGCAGCCUCUAGAAGGUUGCCAGCCAUUAAAUGCAUCACUUCUGGAGGUUGGGUCAGUAAUAUGACUCCCGACGUCAGAGUGCUUGCUCAAAUCUCAUCGCUGUCUAUAUAUUCUCAUUUGACGUGUCCUCCUAACGAGGACAUGCAGUUUAGUGAAGAAGUUUGUGAGGCUUGUGCCACGCCAUCUGCA